UCGGCCGGUGCACACGUUCCGUUAGCUUCUCUAUUUUAAAAACUACUUGCUUGGCGAUAUCCGGGAAGGGAUCGGCCGCAUCACCGCGCCAUUGGUAUCGACUCUACACCACUGUCACUCAUUUUCGAUGCAGUCGACCUGCGUACGCGUCGUUGGCCGCUACGCGCGCAAGCGCGUCCGCUCUUAUGCACUUAACAAUAUUUGAUAGUUGAUAAGAUUGAAAAAGCGCGCUGACCAAAACCUUGAAUGAACUUAGUAAAAAUAAAGUGCCUUUUAUUCACGUGAAAGAUGGAUGUUACUACAAGGUGAUAUUUGUGGUGUCUGUUAAGAUUACUUUGUUACCAUGAGCGGGAGGGAAGGCGGAAAUGCAGUUCCCUCUUCGAGCGCCGGUGAUGCCAGUGGGAGCGGUGUGGUGGGCGUAACGCGACGCGGCCGAUGCAAGUGGUUCAAUGUGGCUAAAGGAUGGGGGUUCAUCACUCCUGAUGAUGGCGGACAAGAUGUCUUUGUGCAUCAGAGUGUCAUCCAAAUGCCUGGGUUUCGAUCACUAGGCGACGAAGAGGAAGUAGAAUUCGAGUGCAAGGAAUCCGAUAAGGGUCUGGAAGCAACACGGGUAUCGGGUCCUUCAUCUGUUGAUUGCCAGGGUUCCCACCGCCGUCCUUUAUCGAAGAAGAGAUUCAGAAAAAUACGCUGCUACAAUUGUGGAGAAUUCGCUAAUCACAUAGCUGCGAAAUGCAGUAUUGGACCACAACCAAAGAGAUGUCAUAACUGCAAGAGCGAAGAUCACCUCAUUGCUGAUUGUCCAUUAAAGAAGAAGGACGAACCCCAAUCAAAGAGUUCUGGAAGCUCGCAAGGAAGCCAGCUAGGCAGCCCGCAGUCGUAAUCACAUCGUUCAUUCUAGUUUGUGUUACAAAACGUGAUUAGACUUUUUAGUAGCAUUUAUUUGUUGAAGCAUUGUAUUUAUGUUAAGGAUCCUAAAGAAAUGUCUUGUAAAUUCAUUUUGGUGUCAAAAAUAUAUUUCAGUUUCAUCAAAUGCAAUUAAUAGACUAUAUAACUUUUGUAAUGUACUAAUUAUUAAAUUUAGUAUAUCUUUUGCUGUAAAAGCUAAGAGUGUCUACACCAUUCUACCUCAUUUUGCCCAAUAAUAUUAUAAUAGUUGCAGUAUGAUUUAUAGAUUUAAGCACAAGACUGAUCAGUACAAAUCCAUAAUGUAGUACAAAACUUUACACUUAAUAUUUUAAUGAAUAGAAAGUUUAUAAUUAAGUUCUGCAAAAGUAACGUAAGUACAAAUUUAUGUGUUCGAGUGUCAAUAUUUUAAUUAAUUUACUUUAUAUUGUAUUUACCCAAAGUUAAGUGUGUGUCUAUAUCAUUAUUAUUAAUUUUGUUGCUAUUAUAUAUUAUGACAAACUUUAUAUUAGUUACUUAUAACCAUAAUUAGAUUAGUAGUAUUAUAUCUGGCUAUGAAUAUUGCGAGGAAGUUUUAAAACAUUAAACUGUUGUUUAGGAUAUUUUAAUAGUUUAAACACCGUUAUAGUAUAAAUGUUGCAUUUUUGCAAAAAAAAGAAGUACCUAAUAAACUACCUCUACAAAGGAAAAAUUAGUUUUAGGGAAUCAGUUUACAUAGAAUAAUUAUAAAAUAAUAUCUUAAUUCACCUAAUUUUACACAAUUUAUUAUUAAUACCACCUAUACUUCAAAUGAGUAUUUCAAAGUUAGUAUUAAUCGCAUAUCAUAUAAAUUAAAAAUUGGUUUUGUUUGAAUUAUACUGUCAUAGUUUAUUUCAUUCAUUGCAUUACUAUACAAAUAUGAAUGUCUACAAGCCAAAGUAAAAAGAAGUUGCAAUAAUAGAUACAUAUAAUGAUUUCUAUAUAUUCAAUAGCAUAUAGUAUUUAUAGUAUAUAGUAUUCAAACUAUUAACUAAAAGUGACAUGUUAUUGAGAAAGAUAAUUUUGAAUUAUAUGAUAUUUUAAAAUACUUCCAACAUCUGUUUUUAUAUUAUAAACAAAUAUUAUUUUAUGUAGAGUGAGUAUCAAGUAUGACAAUUUGUGUUUGCUCAAAAAAAUAAGAAAUAAGUAAGCAAAGUUAUCCAUUCAUAGGAUUUUAAUAUCAUUACUACUAAUAUUAAACGUAGGAACAUUAAAAUUUCAUACAAAAGAGAAGCCACACAUUGCUGCAUACUUACGUAAUAGUAUCAAGUUUUGCUUUCUCUUUUUUU